CGGAAGUGGGGCGAUGUGGACUGAAAUGAAAAGGCGCGAGGAGCGCAGCGACAUUGAGCGGCUAUGGCGGCCUCGGAGGCGGCGAAGCUUCUUGCUUGGGUGAAGGACGCAAUCGCCUUUGAGAGCCAAGCCCAAUAUGGGUUGGAGGAUGACCUACCACCUCAGGUUUUGCUUGAGCAUGCUGUGAGCACCAGGCACGCCCAUAAGUUUAUGGUGAUGCAGCUGCAAGUGUUGAAGUUCUUUCUGGAUUUCCUUGAUUCUGGGCUUUGCGUUGAGAACGCCUCCGAAUCUUCUGUUCGAGAGGAGGUGGCCGAAGCGAAGCAGGAGUGGAAGAAGCUCAAAGCUGAGUACCAACAACAAGUGGAGAGCAUCAAGAAGGAUGUGCCACAAUUGCUGCUCAAGCUGGAGCAGGCGCGGAACCGAGCUCAGCUCUUGGAAGAAGCUCUGCAGCGCUACCAAGACAAGAAACUGGAGAUGGAGGAGAAGGCGAGGAGCGCUCAGAUCAGGCGGCAGAAGGAGCAGGACGCCUUGUGUGAGCAGCAGCAGCGGCUGGACGAGCGCAUGGUGGAGCUGCGAGGCAGUCUGCAGGUGCAGUGCGAGGAGCUGCAGCACCUGCGGAGGGAGCUAGAGGAAGAAGAGCGCCAGGCCUGCGCUUGGCAGGAGGAGGUCCAGAGGAUCUCUGACUUCCGGUCCCUUUUGGAGACUUUGCAAGGGGUCAGAUUGCUUUCUGAAUCAAAAAGUGACCUGGAGUUUGAGCUGAUCUGCCCGGCCCAGCCGGGGGCUGCCACUCCCCACGCCCUGAAGCUGCGCUUGCACUGGAGGGAUAAUGGCAGUGUCACGCUGCAGAGCCACAGCCCUUUCUUCUCUCCCUCUUUGGUGCUUCCCGAAGGCACUUGUGGCAACAUCAAAGCCAUCAUCCUGGAGUUGCAGAAUGGUUACUUCCAGCAAGCACAACUUCUGGCUGAGAUCGAGUUGCUGCACAGCAGUUUUGCUGUUGAUUGGCAGCAAGAGAAAAGGAUUCUGAGUUACCUGAAGCCCAGCUCCACUUGUAACCUCUAUGUGGAGCCAGGAUACCCAGCCAGCGGUGGCAUCUCCCUCUGCUCAGUGAAGGGUCAACAUGGCACAGUUGACGCAACUUCCUAUAAGCCCCCUCAGGAGAGACCUUCGCUGCGGGACUGGCUGGAAUAUCUCAGUGCCGUGGACUUCAACGCUCCUUUCCUUGCCUGAGCAUCUGCUGGUCCCUCUGCCUAUGCAGGGUGAAGAAUGGUUUGGGACUAGAACCUUGCUCAGGAGCUGUUCUCCUUGCCUAUAUCCCGGGGAAGGAGAAGAGACUUAACCAGGGACAGCUGCAUUCUCCUUUCUUGUGCUGGCCCGUUUCAGUCUCUCCCUCCUCAACCCCUGGUCAGUUUUGAUUUCUUUGUCUUGAGUGGAUCUUCCUCUUCUACAUUUCAAGCCCCCUCUCAUCCUUACAUGUGUUUGUGUCUGACUUUACUUCUAAACAUUCUGAAACUUUGCUAUUUUCUGUUCAAUAAAACCCUGCAUCAAAUUAAAAAUUGAGGAAUCCUAUAUACAUAAUAAUGCAUCACAGUACUCAGAAGCCUUAUUACGAGACACUUUGAAGGCUGACAUACAAGAUUCAGUGCAAAUACCGUAUGUUCCGGCAUAUAAGACAACUGGGCGUAUAAGACGACCCCCAGCUUUUCCAGUUAAAAUAUAGAGUUUCGUAUAUACUCGCUGUAUAAGACUACCCCUCUUCCUACGAUUGUCCGUGGGCCGGUCAUGCCCGCGCUGCCCAUAUCCAAAAAAUCCGCAGCCCCAGAAAUUGCUUCUGCACAUAUCCGGAAGCUGAAAAUCACGACUGGACAUGCGCAGAAGCGAUUUCUGGCGCCACGCUGCCCAUUUCCAAAAUGUCCACAGUGCCAGAAAUUGCUUCUGCACAUGUCCGGAAGCUGAAAAUCAUGUCUGGACAUGCACAGAAGCGAUUUUCGGCGCCGCGCUACCCAUUUCUAAAAUGCCCGCAGCGCCAGAAAUUGCUUCUGCAAUUGUGUAUAAGACGACCUGGCAUAUGACGAUCCCUGAAUCUUGAGAAGAUAUUCCCGGGUUAAAAAGUCGUCUUAUACGCCGGAAAAUACGGUAAUCAUUUUUAAAAGGAAAGAAGUGGAAUGAAGGAUUCACCAUUGGAGAUAUAACUAAAUUAGAACAAGAACACAAACGGACUGCAGGUAAUAAGAGCUAAAGUAAAUGGAAACAGGAAAAAAAGCAGAACUUGAACAUUAGAGGUGUGUGUGGGGGAAAUAUGUAGCCAUGCAUUACGUGAACCAAAAAUACUAUUAAUUUGGUGAUAAGAACUCAAUGUGUGCAGAUGAGCUGUAGCUCCGUGGCAGAGCAGCUGCUUUGCAUCCAGCCCUGGGCAUCUCUAGGUCGGGCUGGAAGAGAAUCGUGUCUGGAAUCCCGGAGAGCUGCCACCAGUCAGUGUGGACAGUACUAAGCCAGGUGGACCGAUGCUGUGACCCAGCAACUUCCUAUGUGCUUAAAGCAGGCACCUGUCGGUCGGAGGAGUUCUGCAUCUUGCCACUUGGUGCCGCUGUUUCACCACGCUUCUUGCGAAGAGAGAUGCAACUCUAGAGGGCGAUCUUUUGGACCCUCCUUCACCCGGAUUACUUCCCCCCCUGCUUGUUUUUGAUUCUAGGCCAGUGUAUACACUCCAGGUUUUCCCCCCUCUCAUAGAAAUUGUAUCUGAGUCACACACAAGGUUUCUACCCUUCCACCAUGAAUGCUGAAUUUGAAGUGGAGCAUUGGGUACCAGCCUAAUGGCCACCACUUCCUUUUUGGAGCUCUGCAAGCAAGGGUAGAACUCUUAGACCAAUCCCCUCCCUCCCUAUAUGUGCACACAGGUGUGCUCUUUUACAUUUGCUGAGGGUGAAACCGUGUAUGAUGCCAAGAAUUGAGGCAUCUGCCUUUGCUUGCUGCCUCCUUUUGUGUUGCAGCUCUUAAAUGCUCCUCCUUCCCUCCUUUGCCUCCCUAAAAUAUUGGGGGUGGGGGAGAUGUUGCUGCAGAUCAGCUUGGCUUAGGUUAAGAGGGUCUGGGUUUCCAAGGAGGCCAGAGUCGCAGGGAGGGGGCUGAGGGUUUUGCUUGCCGCAUAAGGGAUAAAUGUAGCUGCCUGGCGCUUUCUGAGAGGAUCAAGGCAUAAUGCAUGACGUAAAUAGAGGGAGCCAUGAGGGGCUGUCUCUGUCUGGUUUCAGGCCCCUGAUCCUGGAGGCGGAAAGCCAAACUGCCAGGAGGUAAUGGGAGCCAGUGCAAUGUUCUUGGCUGGCUGAUUUAGGGACAGCAAUGUGAUUUAUUUAGGGACAAAACAGGGGGGGGGCAGCUUUUGGGCCUGACCAUAUUUUAAAGCCCUGAUCUUUAAAUUCUCUGUGUAUCCCCUUCCACUUCCUGCCUGUCAUCUUGCUUGUUUACAGUGCAAUUCCAUCCGUAUCUCUGUUAGGUUUUUCUUUAAGAUUGACAUGGUCAAUGGUGCUACUCGGAGAUGUGUGUUUGUAGCCCUGAUCUGAAUGAUAGCACACCUGUGAGCUUUUGAUAAUUUGAGUAAUUGGAGGCGGAGUUUCCUUGCCCUGAAUGUGGCAAAGUGAUUGGGUAAUUGAUUAUUUUGAAAAUUGUAUUUUAAGUUACCCAAAUGUUUCAUGAGUUUGUGUAGUGUGAGGUAUAGAGGAAUGGUGCUAAGAGGGGUGUAUUGUAUUGUAUUGUAUUGUAUUGUAUUGUAUUGUAUUAUGUAUAUAUUCACAAAUAAAAAGAGAGCAAAGAUAUUGUGGACAAGUUUGUUCUUUCGUCGACCCUGCUGCUGCUGCCACUCAGUUGGUGCGAAUGCCCAACAAUCUCCUCAGAAGUAAGUUCCACUGAGUUCGAUGGGACUUCUUCCUAGGUAAAGGUAAAGGGACCCCUGACCAUUAGGUCCAGUCGUGACCGACUCUGGGGUUGCACGCUCAUCUCGCAUUAUUGGCCGAGGGAGUUGGCGUAUAGCUUCCAGG